AUGGAGAACUUGGAUGAGAUGCUUGUGUCAAGCUGGUUUAAUGUUCAUUCCUCGGUGCCUCCAUCCUAUGUGCAACCACCUGAAAGCAGGCCUGGCAAGGUCAUUAGCACUUCAUCUAAGACAAUUCCAGUGAUUGAUCUUGGAGGACAUGAUCGUAGUGAUACCACAAAACACAUCUUCAAAGCCUCCGAGGAAUAUGGCUUUUUCCAGGUGAUAAACCAUGGAGUUUCCAAGGAGUUAAUGGACGAAACGCUGAACAUUUAUAAAGAAUUCCAUGCCAUGCCUCCAAAGGAAAAGGUAAAUGAAUGCUCUAAGGACCCAAAUGGAAGGUGCAAGCUUUAUACAAGUAGUGAGAAUUACCAAAGAGAUACGGUUCAUUAUUGGAAGGACACACUAAUACACCCUUGUCCUCCCUCGGGAGAGAACAUGCACUAUUGGCCUCAGAAACCAACCAAAUACCGUGAGAUUGUUGAAAAAUAUACACGAGAAUUGAGGAAAUUGGGACUGAAAUUUUUGGAGCUGAUUUGUGAAGGUUUAGGGCUUACCCCAGGAUAUUUUUGUGGUGGACUUAGUGAAAAUCCAGCAGUGCUAGUUCAUCACUACCCUCCUUGCCCUGACCCAAGUUUAACUUUGGGCUUAGCCAAGCACCGUGACCCUACAAUUAUCACCAUUCUGCUUCAAGAGGAACAUGUACAAGGACUUCAAGUCCUUAAAGAUGGUGAAUGGAUUGGAGUUGAACCCAUUCCCAACGCUUUUGUGGUUAACAUCGGUCUACUCUUGCAGAUAAUAAGUAAUGGAAGGUUUGUUGGUGCUGAACACCGGGUUGUGACAAAUUCAAGCACUGCACGCACAACUGUUGCUUAUUUCAUCUAUCCAUCACUGGAAAGCAUCAUAGAACCUGCACAAGACUUGGUCAAUGGAAGCACUCCACCAGUAUACAAAUCCAUGACAUAUGGAGAGUUUCGUAAAAAUUUCUUCAACAAGGGUCCCAAGAUUGAAGAAGAAUUGCAAUCCUAA